AUGGAGAGCUUUUCACUCCUCAGCAUCUCGGGGCCCCGGGUCUCCUCCUCGGCCCUGAGCACCUUUCCUGACCUCAUGUCCCCACGGGUCCCCAGCUUGCCAGACAUUGCCAAGACCACGUUCCCCACGGAGGCACCCAGCCCAGCGCAGGCCCCGCUGCCCCAGCACCCGAGCAGCGCUCUGCGGCAAGGGGUGGUGCUCUCCCCAGGUGAGCCCCCGGCACAGGCCCCGCCCGCGCCAGGCUCAGACCCGGCCCUUUCCUUUGCAGAUUGCAUGCUGGGGGACCCCCAGAAUGGGGAGCAGCCGAGGCGGAGCUGCACCAUCUACCGGCCGUGGUUCUCCCCUUACAGCUACUUCGUGUGCGUAGACAAGGAGGGCCCCCGGGAGGCCCACGGCUUCCCCGAGCUGCCGCGGGACGAGGGCCGGGGCGACAGCGGCCUCAUGGAGGACACGGCCGACAGCCUGCGCUCGUCCUCUUCCUCCCCCGAGAACCCCGGCCCCCGCGAGGCCAAGGCCCGGCAUGGGGACACCGACCACAUCAGCUCCCAGGACAUCCUGAGGGCCUCCCGGGGGCUCCCGGCCCAGCAGACCGGCUUCAAGUGCGCAGCCUGCUGCCGCAUGUACCCCACCCUGUGCUCCCUCAAGAGCCACAUCAAGUGCGGCUUCAGGGAGGGCUUCAGCUGCCGCGUCUUCUACCGCAAGCUCAAGGCGCUCUGGGCCCGGCCCGCAGACAGGCUGCCUUUGGGCGGCGGCCAGGCCCGCAAGUAGUCAGGCGGCUCGGUCGGCAGCAGAGCCUCAUUGCUCUCCAGGGAGAGGCCAAUA